ACUUACUUCUCCUGCUCCACUUUAAUCCGUCCCGUUGAACGCAAGAGACGCGAGCGCGAGGAUGCGGCGGAUUCCGUCAGGUCGCGGUUGUUCCGCGCUCUCCGCGCUCUGUGGAGUCGCCGUGUGUUUGUGCCUGUGGACGCGCGUGGUCCGGGGUGGGAGCGUCUCGUGCUCGCCGCCCGCGGCGUCGGUACAGGAGCGCGUGCGCCGCUCGGGGGUCGUGUUUGAGGGCAGGCUCCAGGAGGAAGAGUGGCCGGGCAACGCGUCGCGUCAGGUGCGCGUCAGGGUGCAGCAGGUGUGGCGGCUGAAGGCGGGAGGGCUCCUCAAGAACUCGGUGGUGUCGCUCAUCUGGUUUGAAGGUGGCAGAUGUUUCCAGCUCAACACCGGGAUCCGGUACAUGUUCUUCAUGGAAGCCACUAAUGACACGUCCGUGUUCACGCCGGUCUUCCCUCCGCUGGAGACCAAGCGCGCCGUGAGGAAGGACGUGAGUCUAGAGCUCUGUCAGGAGUGCGCCGAACCCAAGGUGAAGGAGCUGCGGAGCGUGACGGUGCAGGACGGGAAAAAGACCGUGUUUAAGUGUCAGGUCGUGUCGGGAAACCCACCGCCCAGCGUCAAGUGGUACAAGAACGGGCAAGAACUCGCAGGCAAAAACAGACCCAAAAGCAUUAAGAUUAAGGAAAGGAAACAGAAGAACAUAUCCGAGCUACUGAUCAGGAAGUCCACAGAGGGGCACGCUGGUUUAUACACCUGUGAGGCAGUCAACAAAAUUGGAAAAACAAAUACUACAGCGAGCCUAACCAUCAUCAAAAGAAUGCGUAUGACUUUCUCUUCAGUUGUUCCUGAUAGGACAUCAGCAUGUGUCCAUAUAAUGCGAGUCCACUUCCUCUGUGAGAGUCGAGGGGUCACGACUGUCGACCUGACCUCAUGA